GAGCUUGAGGAGCAGCAGCAGAUGAUCACAGCUGGACAUCUCGAGCAUCUCACCUUCACUGCCGGCGUUUGACUGACGACCAGAGAAGAAUGGACUCUGCCUCUCAGAACCUGCGGGAUCAGAUCUCAGAGCUGCUGAAGCCUCACAGGGUUUGUCUGGUGACGCCCGUCGUCCUGAACCACAGUCAGCCAUGUGUGAGGUCGACCAGCACGUUUGUGGUGCUGAGUCUGUGGAGAGGUUACCUGGUUGUGAACAAGGAACCUGUCAGGGUGGAGAGCACGUUCAGCUACCUGGAGAUCUGCUCCAUCGAAAUCCACAGCCUAACACAGAUUGUGUUGAAGACAGACCGGCAGACUUUGUCUUUCAGCGUGUUGCACGUCAAGGAUCUUGAGGCCAUGGUCAGUCACAUGACUGCUUCACUGAAGUGGAUCUUCCCUGAUUCAUCUCCGGGAAAGCUGUUAAAGACGAUUCCUGCAGAUUUGCAGCAAAGACUCAACACGCUGGCUGCUGUGAUAGAGGAGCAGCUGAACAGUCGGCCUGGACCCUGUGGAGGAUUCUCUGACACCUACGCUGCUCUGUGUGAUUUCAAUGAGAUGUCAUUUCGAGAGGAGAUCCAGUGGGAUGUUGACAACAUCUACUACAUCCACAAUUGUAGACACUUCAACCUCUGUGACUUCAGCCACUUAGACAACAGCGACUUGGCCUUAACAGUAGCAGCUCUGUCCUUCAACCAGUGGUUUACCAUGAUCUACAGCAAAGAAAUCAAACUGUCGGCAGAUGUCCAGGAACAGUUGACCUUCCUGCUGUCCAAGUCUCCUAGUCUGGAGGAGCUCUCGCUGGAGGCCAGUGGACUCAAAGUGGAUUUUGCCGUGAAAAUGGCAGCUGCCUUGCGAGAGCACGCCUCCUCUACCCUGCGUUGCAUCAACCUCUCGGGCAAUCCGAUCGAAGACAAAGGAGUGAUGGCCCUCAGUCACGAGUUGGGGAAUCUCUGUGAAGGACUCAAACACCUUUCGCUGUCCCGCGUGUCAAUGACUUCAAGAGGUCUGGGCUGUCUGAGUCAGAUGUUGUCCUCCACUCAACCCUUCUCAGCUUCUCUGACCCACCUCGAUCUGUCCGGUAACUCCAGCUGCCUGGUCAGUGAGGAGGCCACGUUUCUCUUCAGGUUCUUGUCCAGAUCUAACUCUCUGUCUCACCUGGACCUCAGUGACACCAACUGCCCACUGGACACGUUAUUUGUGUCCCUUUCGUCUGGCUGUUGUGACAAACUGCAUCAUCUGAACCUGGCGAGGAAUCCUUUCAGCCACAGAAAGAUGCGACGCGUGACCAGAAGUAUUGGAGAGUUCUUCAGACAGAGCUGUGAGCUGAAAUAUGUGGGCCUUUCUGAAACCAAACUGCCUCCACAAGCUCUCAGGUUAUUACUGCAGGGCCUGGCAACCAACACUCGUCUGUUAGAGCUGGAGCUGGACCUCAGCAGUUGUGCGUUACGUUCAGUCGGAGCCCAGGUGAUACAGGAGCACAUCUCUGAAGCUACAGCGAUCGGAAGUCUGGAUAUCUCUGACAAUGGUUUUGAGAAUGACAUGGUGACUCUGGUCCUAUCGCUCGGUCAGUGUCAUUCUCUCAAACGUCUCGCGCUGGGGAGGAACUUUGCCAUGAAGUCCAGAGCUCUCACUGAUGUUCUUCACCGCAUUGCUCAGCUCAUUCAGGACGAAGAGUGUCCCUUGCAGUAUCUGUCAGUGUGCGACUCCAAGCUGAAGACGGGGAUUCACAUUCUGCUGAGUGCUUUGGGAGGCCAAGCGGCUUUGGCAGAACUCGAUAUCAGUGGGAACCACAUUGGAGACACUGGAGCCAAAAUGGUGGCUAAAGCCCUGAUAAAUAACACCCGACUGAGGACUCUAACAUGGGACAGAAACAAUAUCACCGCCAAGGGAUACCAGGAUGUGGCUGAAGCUUUGGAAAGGAACUUCACUCUGCAGCAGGUGUCUCUCCCUCUGGCUGACAUCACACAGAGUUACCGCGGCAACCCUGACAGAACAAAAGAGGCCCUGCACAAGAUUCAACAGUGUUUGGACAGAAACAACCAGAGACAGUUUGACAGAGUGGAACUGCAGCGAGUGUUCAGAUCUCAACAAUCUGAAAAGCUGGUCCACGGUAUGUGUCAACAGCUGGAGGACAGUCUUCAGCAUGUAAACCAGUGCAGCAUUCAGGAAGUCCAGGCCGAUAUCCUGACAGCGCAGGAGGUGCUGCACAACGCCAGGGAGUCUUUCAAGCUGCUUCCCUCCCUUUAUGAGGCGGGCAGGACUUGUGCCUCUGACAGAGACUUGGUGAACUCCGUCCUCACAGACACAGCUGCUGCUCUCACUAAUGAGUUCUCUCAAAGCUUACAGGAAAUGGCUCAAGGCCUGAUGAGGUGCGCCGAGUCGGUCUGUCCACGUGUGGUCCAGCGGUCCAGCGUGUGUGAGUGUUUAUCAGAGGGUGUGUCCAAGAGAAGCAGACAGACAAACACAUUCCUGAGGAGCACUCUGGUGGAGAACACAGGGAAGCUCAUCAUCGACAGACUCACUGAACUAAGAGAAACACUGAGCAUGUCUUUCGCCGAAAGCCUCAUCGAACAAGCUCUACAGGAUCUGACAACGACACAGAACAAAAUGGAUUGUCUUAUCAAAGACAGCAAUCAGAGACCCAGAGUCCCAGAGCUUCGUCUGGAGGACACUGACUUCCCUACUGACGACUACAGCCCAGCCUUUUGGAGAAACAGUUUCCAUGCAAAGAGCCUGAGGCCGGCCUCUUCGAUUAAGACCAUCAUCAUCAUAGUCGCCUCCAGCCAAAACAAGCUAGAGUUGCUAAAAGAGCCAGUCUCAAAAGUAGAGAAUGAGGCCACUGAGGGGAUGGGCAGAGUGGAUGAAGGAGUAGAGGAGUUCUUUACCAAGAAAAUCCUCCCAGACUAUGCACUAAAAGGCCGGUGGGAGGAGUCAAACCCUGCCCAAGCCACCCCCCCAGAGUCAAGCUCCACACCCUCUGCCUCAACCCCCUUUUCCUCCUCAGCUGAGAAUAUCACCUCCUCUCUCAUCACCACUCUUACCUCCCCCUCUGUCCCACAUACUGACACACCCUUUACAUCCACUGAUGUUCCACCCCUCUCUACAUCCUCCACUCCCCCCGCCCCUCCAUCCUCCGCCACCCCCAUCACCACCACAAUUCCCACCAAAAACAUCAAGAAAAAGUUUGGCGACUUCUUUGCCUUCAAGAGGGCCCGAGCUGGCCGAGCCACCAAGGCAGGAGGGGGAGAGGGAGGAGGAGGAGAGGGGGUGAAGGUCAAAAGGACCUCCAUUGCAGACCUUAUUCGACCCCUCCGUGAGGCCAAAGAAAGGGAGAGAGAGAGGGAGAGGGACAAGGAGAAAGAGAAGGAGAGAGGGGCAAGGUCAGUGGAGGAUGCUAACCUUUCUAAUGAUGCCGCUACCACAGAAGGAACCAUUGCCGCCAACCACCGUCUUGCAGGCGAUGCUAGGGAAGUGAUGGCUCCCGCCAAUACAUUAACCACGACAACACCUCCCAGUGAGAUCGCCCCUUCAUACCCCGCCACGGCCUCAAACCCUGACAGCGUCACCGCCGCGCUCCCCCACCCGGACGAUGAGGUGGUUCCAGUGUUGCCAGGUCGCACCCCAAGUCCAGUGGUCACUUCCCCUCAGGCUGAGAUGAAGCUAGGAGGGACUCCGUACGGAGAGAGGAGACUGAAGGCGACCAAGAGGUCACUGAGAGAAGGCAAGAGCCAGAGUCUCAUUCUGCUGACCGGACUGGAGCCUGAGGACAAGGAUAGCACUCACAGUAAGAAACAUGCGUCUGAGAGCACGUCGAGCUUUGAACAGAGGCUCCAGGUGAUGCUGCACAGAAUGGGCGUGGCCAAGACUCCUCCUACUGACACUAAGACGAGUAGUAAAGAUGAAGAGCUGAGAAAAGCCAACUCUGAAGGUGCUAUCCUGGACAAACCUGUACCUCCGCCCACAUUUAUGAAGCCCAGGACCAUGUCCACAUCAUCAGCAGACCCUCGGCAUCCUAUCAGAGUGCUGGAAUACAUCCGACCGGACCCUCCUCUUCACCCGAAGCCCGCCGUUCCCGAUCGCCCCGUUGGCCCCCUGCCGCCUAAACCUGCCAUCGCUGCCAAACCUCCCCUCCCUACCCCGGCUGCUCCUGCGGGGGGAGGAGCUUGUCCGCCUUUUGCACAUCCUCCCAGCAGCUCAGCAGAAAGAGUGCAGCUCAGAGCGCACACACAUGACGGCAGACCGGGGGAGAGUACAACACAGAAUGGCAGCCAGGAGGGUCCUCAGGGUGCAGCCGCAGCUCCGUCCCCCAGGAAAGAGCUGCUUCCUCCGUUCUCAUCUCCAUGGAGGGGUCCCAGUGCACAGGAUCGCUCUGAGAAAGCACAGUCAGUGACAGACGAGAGUCUUCCCAAACCGAGGCAGCACCUGAAACCCCUCCCACAACGCAGAGCAGUGUCCGUCCAUGAGGACACUCUGGCCAUAACACAAGAGCUGAAGGCAGUUUUACAGAGGUCGCCCAUCCGUUUCCGGGGCAACAGAGGGGACCUGCCUACCUGCACUGAAGAUUCAUCUAGUGUGGAGGAAGUGCAACAAGCUCUGAAGGCCAGUGACAAAAGGACAGCUGAAGAAAAGAAGGGCACUGUCCAGAAGGGAGAGAUGAAGACAAAGAAAGGUGGAGGGAUGCUAGCUGAAACCAAGCACCUGCCUCCGGGAGAUGAAGACGCCCCGGGCUCAGGGUGUCCCUCCUCUACAGCUCACGCUGAACAAAGAGCAUCAGCGCCCCGACUCUUCAGUCCGACAGCAGCCGCUGACAGAGCUCUGUCCACUCUGGAGAGUCCUCCGGCACAAGCCCAAACCCUGGAAAAGCCUCUCGUGACAUCCCGGACGAAGAGCCCCAGCACCACCCCAGGAUCGGCUCGAACUCUUGAAAAAAAAUCGCCGGUGUCCCCGCCGCUGCCGGACAAGAGCACAAUCCCAGCUGGAUCUGAAUUCCUGGAAAGCCCACAGGAGAGUUCUGUGUCCCACAAGAAGAAGAGCCCCGGCACAGCGAUGGCGACAAUGGCCUUCGGAAACAGCACACAGGAAAGAGGAGAGGCGGUUUCUAAACAGCACACGGCGAGGAAGGCAGAGCCAGCAGACCAAAGAACUGAGCCCGCUCUGUCUGAAUAACACACACACACUGACUUACACACCUGGGAGAGAGGGAGAGGGAGGAGGAUGUGGUCCAUGACAUCACUGAGAUCAGAAACUGGGAGGCUUCACAUGGUUUGAGAGUGGAAAACAGCAGCUGUGGUGAUCUCUGAACAGGUCUGACACAGAUAUGAUUUAGUGUGGGUGCUGUUUGUUUUACUGCAGGCCACCAGCCAUAGACGGCAUAUAAAAGUGGAUGAAGCCUUCCAUUUUGAAAAAGGGAACACAAGUAGUUCAUUAGCCACCAGGAGGCAGCUCUGCCGUUGCAAAAAGAACUCUGUUUUCAACAGUUUAUAGGAAUUUAUAACAUCAGUCAACAUUUUCCUGAGGAGUUCAUGGUUUCAGUUGCCAAUUUCUGGUGUUCUUUAAUAGAGCAUGAUGUCACUUUUGUAAAUUGUGUUCCCAUUUACAGGAAAGCAGACGAUAAAGCACGGCACACUGACUGCUGGUAUCGCCCUACGGGUGCCUGGUUGCAGGUGACGUCUGUGAAUUUCCCGCUUUUAAAAACUGACGUGGUGCAAAUCAAAUCACUUGAGUCGAGGUUUGUUUGGCAACCGGAAGACUACGUCCACUUUUUUUUUAUAUACAGUCUAUGCCUGUAUACAGCCAACGUCUUUGUGUGAAGCUUCCAGGUUAUGGUGCUUAUUUGCCCCCAAACAACAGAUGAGUACAGCUGCAGAAACACACACAGUAACUGUGCAUCUCCAGAGUGUGUCUGCUCUGUUACUUUUCACGUGUCAGUACACUAAUGAAAUGACGUGAUUUGAAGCUGUUGUGUGAGCAAAGAUGACUGAACAAGGCCUCUUCUCACCCAUAGAAAGAAAGUUUCCUGAUAUCCCACCAGGCAGAAUGUUGCAUAUUGGACCCUUUUUAAAAGAAAAUCCCCUGAGUGCAGUAUGUCCCUUUUUAGAGCUGUUAUUUCAGUCAAGGCAGCAUUCAAUCAUCACAGUAAAACGUCUGAAAAUGUCAUGUUUUUUUUGUUUUUUUUAAGUGAUACCUUUCAAAGAAUAUUUACAAGUCGAGGCAUUUGCUCAGUUUUCUCUUUGUUUUGAACGUGUUACACUAAAAAUAUUUCAGAUUCCAUUCCCUCUAUCACAUCCCAUCACAAAAGCCCUACAUGUCAGUAUAUUAUUUAGCCUAUAACAAGAGGACCAAUUGAAAUCCUACAUUUAAACACCUCCAGGCACAUGUUGUGUGAGUUCAGAAGAUUUUAUUGAGUCUAUCCAGCUCUCAGGGUGAGCGUGGAGAUGACGGACAUCAGUUCAGCUCCCGAUGUUGUCGCUGACCUGAGGCUUUUUUUCUCUUCCUGGGCUAGAGUUUAUUUUCUACUGUCUACAUGUUUAUCUUUGCCUUGCACGCACAGACAGGAUAUGUACAAAACUACAUAAAGCAAAACAAAAAGUUAUGAAACAGAGUGUAAAUCCAUACCUAUACUUGUUAAUAAGGAUUAAAGAGCUAAUCGAGUUGUGUCAUAA